GCAGGAGGCGGGUGGUCGCCCGGAGACUCCGCACCUCGGAGUGACGUCCUGCUGCAGUGCCGCUGCCUGCGCUGCCCGAGCUCGUCAAUGGAGCUGGAAAACAUCGUUGCCAACACCGUUUUGCUGAAAGCCAGGGAAGGGGGUGGAGGGAAACGCAAAGGCAAAAGCAAAAAGUGGAAGGAAAUCCUGAAAUUCCCUCAUAUAAGCCAAUGUGAAGAUCUCCGAAGAACAAUAGAGAGAGAUUACUGCAGCAUAUGUGAAAAGCAGCCCAUUGGAAGGCUUCUCUUUCGGCAGUUCUGUGAAACUCGGCCCGAGCUCGAGUGCUGCAUUCGGUUCCUUGACUCAGUGGCAGAAUAUGAAAUUGCUCCAGAUGAAAAGCUGGGAGAGAAAGGGAAGGAAAUCAUGAUGAAAUACCUCACCCCAGAGUCUCCAGCCUAUGUUCCCGAAGUCAGUCAAGAACUUAUCCAGCAGACAGAGGAGAAACUCGAGAACAGCCCCUGCAAAGAGCUGUUCUCUCCCUGCACAAAAUCUGUCCUUGACCACCUCAGUGGGGAACCAUUCCAAGAGUACCUAAACAGCAUGUACUUCGACAGGUUUCUCCAGUGGAAGUGGUUGGAAAGGCAACCAGUAACAAAAAACACGUUUAGGCAGUACAGGGUACUGGGGAAAGGCGGCUUUGGGGAGGUCUGCGCCUGCCAAGUGCGAGCCACGGGGAAGAUGUACGCCUGCAAGAGAUUAGAGAAGAAGAGGAUCAAGAAGAGGAAAGGCGAAUCCAUGGCGCUCAAUGAGAAGCAGAUUUUAGAAAAAGUCAAUAGUCAGUUUGUAGUCAAUUUAGCCUAUGCCUAUGAAACAAAGGACGCACUGUGUUUAGUUCUGACCAUAAUGAAUGGAGGUGACCUGAAGUUUCAUAUCUACAACAUGGGAAACCCAGGCUUCGAGGAGGAAAGAGCUUUGUUUUAUGCAGCAGAGAUUCUUUGUGGCUUGGAAGACCUUCACAGAGAAAAUACUGUGUACAGAGAUCUGAAGCCAGAAAAUAUCCUGCUGGAUGAUUAUGGCCAUAUUAGAAUAUCUGAUUUGGGUCUAGCUGUUAAAAUCCCCGAGGGUGAAUCAAUCCGUGGAAGAGUAGGAACAGUAGGGUAUAUGGCUCCAGAGGUGUUGAACAACCAGAGAUACACACUCAGCCCUGACUACUGGGGGUUAGGCUGUCUCAUUUAUGAAAUGAUUGCUGGGCAAUCGCCAUUCCGUGGAAGAAAAGAGAAGGUGAAGAGGGAAGAAGUGGACAGAAGAGUGCUGGAGACAGAGGAGGUGUACUCCCAUAAGUUCUCUGAGGAGGCCAAGUCCAUCUGUAAAAUGCUCCUCACCAAAGAUGUGAAGCAGCGGCUGGGAUGUCAAGGGGAAGGUGCAGCAGAAGUGAAGAGACACCCCUUUUUCAAGAGCAUGAAUUUCAAGCGGUUAGAAGCAGGAAUGCUGGAUCCUCCCUUUGUGCCUGAUCCCAGAGCAGUGUACUGCAAGGAUGUGUUAGACAUUGAGCAGUUCUCCACAGUGAAAGGAGUUAACCUGGACCAAACAGAUGACGAUUUCUAUUCCAAGUUUUCCACAGGAUCAGUGUCUAUUCCAUGGCAAAAUGAGAUGAUAGAAACAGAGUGCUUCAAGGAGCUGAAUGUAUUUGGACCAAAUGGUACUAUUUCACCAGACCUAAACAAAAGCUACCCCCCAGAGCCACCCAAGAAAGGAUUGCUACAGAGAAUAUUUAAGCGACAGCAUCAGAACAAUUCAAAGAGUUCUCCAAAUUCAAAGGCCAGUUUAAAUCAUCACAUAAAUUCAAAUCACGUAAGUUCAAACUCCACUGGAAGCAGCUAGUUCCAGCUCAGUCCUAUGAAACAACAUGUUGCAUCCUUCCACUAUAAUCUCUGGAGCUUCUGUGGAUGAGAGAGCCUCCACCGUUGAGUGAAAAAAAGAAAAUCUGGAUCUCCCAAGAUGGAGAUUUUCUACCCAUUCCUUCCAGUGGAGCCUCACAUUUUAAGAAGAAAUUUCCACUCAGGUCUGUUUUUGGAGGUGGCACUCAAGACUGUGUGAAUCAAAUUUGUCUCCUUAGAACAUUGCAAUAGAAAUUCAAUGAACAUGACUACUUGCACGUAUUUAAAUAGCAUCAUACUAGAACUGAAUUUUGUCUUUAUUAUUUUUAAAGAAAAGUUUUGUAAAUUUCUCUAUUGUCUCAGUUUACAUUUUGUACAUUUGUAUUUAAAUGAAAGUCAGACUUUGGAGGUGUAUAUUUUCCAAGCAGCAGCUGUAAAGCCAUGUGUUUUAAGACAUUUUUUUAAAAGAAACAAAAUGUGACUCAAGACUUCCAGAGCCUCAAAUGAGAAAUCAUUCUUUUUAGCAAUUCUAGAAAAUUCUUCAUAAAUCACUUUAUCAGAUGGGGGUUUAUUGACAUGCAUUUCUAUGGAACAGUUUAUUCUUAAUUAUUUUACAUCUGUAUAUUUGGUUUACAGCAACACUGCAUACAUUUCUCCUCUUCAUUAGUUUGUAAUGUCUCGCAUUAAA